AUAGAAACCCAGCUGCUGCUCUGUGUGAAGGACAUCAGUCAUUUCUUAAUGCAAGAUAUCGCCUUCUUGUCCGGUGGCCGGGGAAAGGAUAAUGCUUGGAUCAUUACUUUUCCAGAAAAUUGUAAUUUCAGAUGUAUACCAGAAGAAGUGAUAGCGAAAGUGUUGACUUACUUGACAUCUAUUGCAAGGCAAAAUGGAUCUGACUCCCGGUUUACCAUUAUUCUUGAUCGAAGAUUGGAUACAUGGUCUUCUCUCAAAAUUUCUCUUCAGAAAAUCUCAGUUUCUUUUCCUGGGAACUUGCACUUGGUGUUGGUCCUACGUCCCAGCAGUUUUCUUCAAAGGACUUUCACAGACAUUGGAUUUCGAUUUAGUCAGGAGGAUUUCAUGCUGAAGUUACCAGUGGUUAUGCUGAGCUCAGUUAGUGAUUUGCUGACAUACAUUGAUGACAAGCAGUUAACCCCUGAGUUAGGCGGCACCUUGCAGUACUCCAACAGUGAAUGGAUCAUCUUCAGAAAUGCUAUAGAAAAUUUUGCUCUCACAGUGAAGGAAAUGGCUCAGAUGUUACAGUCCUUUGGAACUGAACUGGCGGAGACAGAACUGCCAGAUGAUAUUCCUUCAAUAGAAGAAAUCCUUGCGCUUCGUGCCGAGAGGUAUCACAUGUUAAAGAAUGAUAUUACAGCUGUAACCAAAGAAGGAAGAAUCCUCCUCACAAGUCUGGAAGUGCCUAGCAUUGAAGAUGUCGUCAGUUCAAGACUUGAACGUCGGCCACAAAUCAAUGGUGACUGGCAAACCGUUAAUAAAUUGCUGACUCAAGUACAUGAUAUGGAAAUAGCUUUUGAUGGAUUUUGGGAAAAACACCAACUAAAAAUGGAGCAGUAUCUGCAACUAUGGAAGUUUGAGCAGGAUUUUCAAGAGCUCGUGAGUGAAGUCGAACUUCUGUUAAACCAACAAGCAGAGCUGGCAGACGUCACCGGGAACCUAGGUCAAGUAAAACAAAAAAUUAAAAAGUUGGAAAACUUAGAUGAAAAUUCUCAGGAUCUGUUAGCAAAGGCCCGCUUUGUGAUAUUACACGGACACAGACUUGCUUCAAAUCACCAUUAUGCACUUGAUUUGAUCUGCCAGAGGUGCAAUGAACUCCGUUACCUUUCUGAUAUUUUGGUUAAUGAGAUUAAAGCCAAACGGAUACAGCUCAGCAGGAUCUUCAAAAUGCAUAAACUCCUGCAGCAGGCUCGUCAGUGCUGUGAUGAAGGAGAAUGCCUUCUAGCUAACCAGGAAGUAGAGAAGUUUCAGUCUAAAGAAGAUGCUCAGAAAGCCCUCCAAGACAUUGAAAAUUUUCUUGAAAUGGCUCUGCCCUUUAUCAAUUGCGAUCCUGAUGCCCUACAGUAUGAAUUUGAUGUAAUUUUAUCACCCGAGCUUAAGGUGCAAAUGCAGACAGUGCAACUCAAGCUUAAAAACAUUCGGAGUAUAUUUGAGAACCAACAAGCUGGGUUCAGGAACCUGACGGACAAGCGUGUGAAGCCAAUCCAGUUUGUGGUACCUGCUUCUGACAGUUUGAUCAGAUCCGGAGUACCCUUUUUGUCACCGAAACAUGUGGGAGUUGGAUACUCUUUCUUUCAAGCAUGUAAACUUUUUUCAAAAGGGAAGAAGAGUUGGAGACAAAAUCAGAGCAACUUAAAAAUCGAAGUGGUGCAUGAUUGUCGGGAGCAGAGAAAUUCUGGUCAAUCCUCCAGUCUGGACAAUGACAAUAGCUUGGAUAUUUUACAGAACCACGUCCUAAAUGAGCUGAUACAGACAGAGAGGGUCUAUGUUCACGAGCUGUUUACUGUUUUGUUGGGCUACAGAGCGGAGAUGGAUAAUCCUGAGAUGUUUGAUCUUAUGCCACCUCUCCUGAGAAAUAAAAAGGAUGUCCUCUUUGGAAAUAUGGCAGAAAUCUAUGAAUUCCAUAACGACAUUUUCUUGAGCAGUCUGGAAAAUUGCGUUGACGCUCCAGAGAGAGUGGGACCUUGUUUCCUCGAAAGGAAAGAUGAUUUUCAGAUGUAUGCAAAAUACUGUCAGAAUAAACCCAGAUCAGAGGCAAUUUGGAAGAAGUAUUCAGAAUGCGCCUUUUUCCAGGAAUGUCAAAGAAAAUUAAAACACAGGCUUGGUCUGGAUUCCUAUUUGCUCAAACCCGUGCAACGAAUCACUAAGUAUCAGUUACUGUUAAAGGAGCUGCUGAAAUAUAGCAACGGCUGCCAAGGGAUUGAACAAUUAAAGGAGGCUCUGGACACGAUGCUGGAUUUACUGAAGUCAGUUAAUGACUCCAUGCAUCAGAUCGCAAUAAAUGGCUAUAUUGGAAACUUAAAUGAACUGGGCAAGAUGGUAAUGCAGGGAGCAUUCAGUGUUUGGACUGGACACAAGAAAGGUGCUACAAAGAUGAAGGAUUUUGCUAGAUUCAAACCAAUGCAGCGGCAUCUGUUCUUGUAUGAAAAAGCCAUUGUCUUUUGUAAGAGGCGCGUUGAAAGCGGAGAAGGGUCUGAUAGAUACCCAUCGUACAGCUUUAAGCACUGUUUGAAAAUGGAUGAAGUUGGCAUCACUGAAUAUGUAAAAGGAGAUAACCGCAAGUUUGAAAUCUGGUAUGCUGGCAAGGAAGAAGUUUAUAUUGUCCAGGCUCCGAAUGUCGAUGUGAAAAUGACAUGGUUGAAAGAAAUACGAAGUAUUUUGUUGAAGCAACAGGAACUUAUGACAGUUAAAAAACGAAAGCAACACAAUCAGUUAACACAACAGGAUCAGCUUCCUACUCAGCAGAUUGAUGCAAGGCAACACGGAUCCUUUAUGGGUGCCGAGGAGACUGAAUCAGAACACAGCAGCACUGUGGUGGACGUCCGGGAGACCGUCCCACUGGUUCAGGCCGAAGCGAACACAGUUUGGACCCAGAUGUCAUCACCUGCAGAAAUUUCUGAAGACCCUGAGGAGUGGUCAAGCAACUAUUUCUAUUCUUCUUAUGAUGACAAUGAAGAAGAAGAAAGGCCCCUAAUGAGCAAGCACGAGCCGAGGGAGGAGCAGAGAGAGAGAGGAGAGACAGAACCCCAAGCAGGCUCUGCGCUGACGUGAGGCUCGAUGCCACGAACCACGAGAUCAUGACCUGAGCUGAAAUCGAGAGUCGGGCGCUUAACCAACUGAGCCACCCGGGCACCC